UUUAUUUCCACAGCUGACAGUGAAGCUCCAGUCCCACACUCGAUUUAGAGCUGUGCUUUGAGAGGGGCUGAGAAAGGACUGACAGUUAAAAAGUGGAGAAAUAAAGAGAUAAAAUGGACGCUUUGGCUUUAGAGGCGACACUGCCCAAAAAGGCUCAGAAUGGAGCCGUGCCAGCGCUGCCCCCACCGCCCACCCCUGCCAAACGCAAACCUGCUAAAAAAACUAAGAAAGCUGUUGUCUUUUUUGAGGUGGAGAUUCUGGACGCCAAGACGAAGGACAAGCUCUGCUUUCUGGACAAGGUCGAGCCCAAUGCUACAAUCUGGGAAAUCAAGUCUAUGUUCCACAAGAGUCACCCACAGUGGUAUCCGGCCCGGCAGUCCAUCCGUUUGGAUCCCAAGGGGAAAUCACUGAAGGAUGAAGAUGUGCUCCAGCACCUGCCUGUAGGAACGACAGCAACCUUCUACUUCAGAGACCUGGGAGCUCAGAUCAGCUGGGUCACAGUGUUUCUGACUGAGUAUGCCGGCCCGCUCCUGAUUUAUUUGAUGUUUUACUUCAGAGUUCCAUUUAUUUAUGCACCUAAAUAUGACUUCACUACCAGUAAACACUGGGUUGUACAUUUGGCGUGUAUGUGUCACUCUUUCCACUACGUUAAGAGACUUCUAGAAACAUUGUUUGUUCAUCGCUUUUCCCAUGGGACGAUGCCUCUCCGCAACAUCUUCAAGAACUGCACAUAUUACUGGGGAUUUGCUGCUUGGAUGGCUUAUUACAUAAAUCACCCGCUGUACACACCGCCAAUUUACGGAGAACAGCAGAUCAGACUGGCUCUCAUUGUUUUCCUGUUUUGUCAGAUUGGAAACUUUUCCAUCCAUAUUGCCCUGAGAAAUCUCCGGCCACCAGGAUCUAAGACGAGAAAGAUCCCGUACCCGACUAAAAACCCCUUCACCUGGGUCUUCCUGCUCGUCUCCUGUCCCAAUUACACUUACGAGCUGGGUUCGUGGCUGGGCUUCACUUUGAUGACUCAGUGUCUGCCUGUGGCGUUUUUCACCCUGGUGGGCUUCAUCCAGAUGACCGUGUGGGCAAAAGGAAAGCACCGCAGCUACCUGAAGGAGUUUCGCGACUAUCCGAAGCUCCGCUCUCCGAUCCUGCCCUUCGUUCUUUAGGACAGAAUCAGUAUUCGGCUCGGCUUUUAAUCCCGUCUGCAUCUCUCCCAUCCCUCUUUUAUAGUAUCUCAUGCCCCUCCUCCAAACUUUAUCCAUUUGCUUGCUUCCACAAAACUCCACCCUCUUUUUACAUGCAUCUGUCUUAUAGUCUCCAAGCAGCAAACAUCUUGCAUAUCUCUGUCGGAUCACUUGGAAUGGACUCUGAUCCAGAACUGAAACUCUGUAAUAGGUUAUCGAAUGCUAAUGCCUCUGUAUGACCCUCUAUGUAUGAGAUGGCGUCUGCUUGAACCUCACUAACACCGUCAAGAACAUGUUUGGGUUUUAUUUCACCCCAACAUCAAAAUAAAUGACAUCUUGUGUUACAUAAAGAAAAUGAAGCCUAUUUGUUUUUGCUUUGUGAGUGGAGAGCAAAAAGGUACACUACAAAAAAAGCUUGGUUUUUCAACCCUGCAUGGGUCAAAAAGGUAUGAACCAACCGCUGGGUUAAAUUAACCCAGAAUUUAGGCUGUAGCUGUAUCGUAUCUAGCCAGAACCGCUGUUUUUUUAUCCUAAUCCUAUCCCCAAACCAACAUUUCACGGUAUUUGGCACUAGCUGUAUCCCCUCUUGCCAGAACUAGGUUGGGUUUUCCCUUUUUGACCCAUUUUUUAAAGUGUACUUUUUGAAGUAUUCAUCAUGGUAGUAUUUGCUGUACUAAAUUUAGGCUAAUGCUAUUUUUCUAUAGGGUGAAUUUAAUGUACUACAGUAACUUGUCUCAUUAAAAAUUGAAUGAAGUUGGUUAUAGAGAAGAUAUUGAAGUUUGCUGCAUCUGUUUGAUUGAUUGCUCUGAUGCUACUUUAGUAAAGUUCUGCUUUUUUCCUCAUUGUUAAACAUCAAAACAAGACCACUGACUGUAUUUAACACUGUAGAGUGUUUUUCUAACAUGCCAUACUGUAUUACAAGACACUAAAGGUAAUAACACUACAGAUGUCAGACUGAUCUCACUGAUACUUUGUUGACCUAACAUAAAUAAUUUAUAUUAAACCAAAUAAAACAA